ACCUCACGGUAUUUCAUUUUUCAUUACUACUAAUUUUUUUAGUGUGUUUCUACUGCAAAACUCCUCAUAUCAUCAAUAUUGGGAGAGAUACUAAAAUUUAAUCACAAGUGUUCGACUCGGAUGGAGAGCACCGAUUUGUCGACCGGACCGCAGCUGCCCCCGGGGUUCCGGUUCCACCCGACCGACGAGGAGCUCGUGGUGUAUUACUUAAAGAAGAAGAUCGCCUCGGCGCCCUUGCCGGCCGCCAUCAUCGCGGAAGUCGAUCUCUACAAGUUUGAUCCCUGGGAGCUCCCAGCCAAGGCUUCGUUUGGAGAUCAGGAAUGGUACUUCUUCAGCCCGAGGGACAGGAAGUACCCGAACGGGGCUAGGCCGAACAGGGCGGCCACGUCCGGGUACUGGAAGGCGACAGGGACCGACAAGCCGGUGAUGACUGGGGGAGGGUCGCAGCGGGUCGGGGUGAAGAAGGCCCUCGUUUUCUACGGAGGAAAGCCGCCGAAGGGGAUCAAGACGAACUGGAUCAUGCAUGAGUACAGGCUCGUGGAUAACAAACCUAGCUCCAAGCCUCCGGGUUGUGAUUUCAUCAACAAAAAGGGGUCACUAAGGCUGGACGACUGGGUCCUCUGUCGGAUAUACAAGAAGAACAACGCUGCAAGGCCGUUGGAUCAGGAGCGCGACGAGAUGGGAUCGAUGAAUCCUCAGACGAUAGCUAUGCCUUCGGUGUGCCGUCAUAAAUUUAUGGAAAGCGACCAGAGUUUGUACGAAGGGAUGAUGAACGACGCGGCCACGAAUCCCCAUUUGGCCACCGCCACUGCCCUCCUUCCCUCGCAUAGCCUCAAGAGGGCUAUCAAUCCCGGCCUCUACUGGAACGAUGCUGGCACCUCUCCCUCAACCAAGAGAUUCUUGGCUGAGAGCUGCGAUGGAACCACAGCCGCUAGCGAUGAUGCCACUAUCCUAAGCCAGCUACAUCAACAACAGGCAAUGCUCGGAAACCUCGGAGAUGGGGUUUUCGGGCAGCAGCCAUAUCAUCAAGUCAAUUGGUACACAUGAUUAUUAUACAUAUACAUCAUAUGUGUAUUUAUGUAUGUAUGUAUAUAAUUUGGUUAGGAUUUGUAAGUUUGAUUGAAUCCAUUUUUAAAAAUUACUCUGAACUAUGCAACAAGCUGAAGAAACAGAUGGUGAUGAUGCUUGCUUGUGUUGGAGGAGAUCAAGAUUUAUUAUAUUAGUGCUCAGAUUUUGAUUGUAGAUAUACAAAAAUAUACACAAGUUAAUACUGUAUUUAUAUACUAAGUUUUUGUGUAGAAGAAGAGAUGAGAUGAGACAGUAUGUUAUUAGCUGUAAUAUAUAUUUAUUUUGUUAA